UCCAUUCAGAGUGAUCCCUUUGAAGGCUUACCUUCACUUAUCGGGCUUGGGCGACCCGAACGCCUAUUGAGCAAGAAGGUGGCCUAUUCAUGUUCUGGGAGGUCAAUAGAGAAGAAAAACGCCUCCGUUAGGUUCUCUCGUGUGUUUACGCCUCUCUCUUGCAGGCUUAAGUACUCUCCUCAGCACGCACCAAUACCUUUCGACGUCGUCUGCAACUUUAAGGAUCAGCACCAACUAUCUGAUCAACAGUCGAUCCUCUCCGGCCUUCACGAUACUUUACCACACGAUCUAUCCAAGUUCGAAGUCAUGAAGAUCUCCGCCUUCAUCGCCUUCGUCAUCCUGUCGGUCACUGUUUACAGUGCGGCUUUGCCAGUCCCUGCCCCCGUCGCUGCACCAGCUUCUAAGCCACAGCAAUGGACGCCCGGGAAGCCUAUCUGGAACCGCGACGCUGAAGCUGCACCCUCUCCCAAGCCACAGCGAUGGAAGCCCGGAAAGCCUAUUUGGGGACGCGAUGCUGAAGCUGUACCCGCUCCCAGCCUAAAGCAAUGGAAGCCCGGGAAACCUAUCUGGGGACGCGAUGCUGGAGCUGCACCCGUUGCCAAGAAGUGGAGCCCCGGGAAGCCUAUCUGGGAUCGCGAUGCUGUAGCAGCGCCCGCCCCUAGCCCGCAGAGAGGGGGGCCCAUUUGGGAUGCCAAAGUUGGCGCGGUCAAAGACGAUCACGAGUAAACCUCUUCACGAUGAGGAUAUUCUUCGGCCCUCACAUCGAACCACGACAACCGCCAUUCCAGCUGCUCGAUUGCACCAUCUCAUACCUUCGAUUCAGAACACUCGAUGCACACUCGAUCCUUCGCAAGUCGUACAUACGCCAGCUGCACUUGCAGUAUGACCAUCGACAACGACGCGAGGAGCCUUGUGUUAUUGUACCGGUAGCUCUACACAAUACUCUCUCUCUUGCGAGGCAUGGUCUGGUACCUGAACAGUAACCAGACAGAGCUUGACCGAUCUCCC